CUUUAUCAAAAAAAAAAAAUAUGUACAGGCACGUGGUUGUUGGUCAGUCCUUUUCAACAUGGAGACGACCAAACAACUUCUCUCGAGUCUUUACUUUAUCAAAACAAUAUCAACAACAUUACCUGUUACAAACUAGUCGAUACAUGCAACACCUUAGUUCACCUGAACUUCGUCAACGAUUCCUGGCUUACUUUGAAAAGAAUGGUCACACUCCAGUACGUAGCAGUAGUUUGAUACCUAAUCAACAAGAUAAAAGUCUAUUAUUUACCAAUGCAGGUAUGGUACCUUUCAAGGAAUACUUUAUGAACCCUUCAACUGCUCCUUAUCGUUGUGCUACAAGUGUGCAGAAAUGUAUGCGUGCUGGUGGCAAACAUAAUGACCUGGAUAAUGUUGGUUAUACUCCUCGUCAUCAUACCUUCUUUGAAAUGCUUGGUAAUUUCUCUUUUGGUCUUUAUUCAAAGGAAAAGGCGAUUCAAUAUGCUUGGCAAUUCUUAUUGAAAGAACUGGAGCUUCCUUUAUCAAGACUUAGGGUCACUGUAUUGGAAGGUGAUCAAGAAGGUUAUGAUUUAUGGAAAAAACAAGGAUUGACGGAUGAUAUGAUUGUGACUUGUGGACCAGAAGAUAAUUUUUGGUCUAUGGGUGAUGGUGAAGGACCCUGUGGACCAUGUACUGAAAUCUUUUGGGAUACUCAAGAUGACUCAUUAGGAAAUGACAGAUGGGUUGAAAUUUGGAACUUGGUAUUUAUGGAAAAUUAUCGAUCAGCGGAUGGACUACUCUCUAAAUUACCUAUUCCUUGUAUUGAUACUGGUAUGGGUUUAGAACGUAUGGCAUGCGUACUUCAAGAGCAACAAAAUAAUUUUCAAAUUGAUCAAUUUCGUGAUUUGAUUUCUGGUUUACGUUUGUGGAUGAAUCAACAUGGUAUCAAGGCAUCUACUUUGAACGAUCCUGAUCCUCAUGAAAAAAUCAUUGCUGAUCAUUUUCGGUCCAUGUGUUUCUUGAUUGGUGAUGGUGUUGUACCUAGUAAUGUUGGUCGAGGUUAUGUCUUACGUCGAAUUAUCCGAAGAGCCCUUCGAUCUGCUCGUCAACUAGGCAUUCAUCAUCCCUUUUUGACUGAACUGUACCCUUAUUUACUUCAAGGUUUCUCCAAUGAUAUUUAUCCAGAACUUGAAGAAAGAGCCUCAUCCAUUCAAAGUAUUAUUGAAAAUGAAGAAAAGACUUUUUUAACAACUCUCGACCGUGGAAUGAUCUUACUGGACAAUGUAUUUAAUCGAUCCGAUCUUCAACAUUCAAAAACAAUUCCACCAUCUAUCGCAUUUCAACUUUACGAUACUUUUGGAUUCCCAUUUGAUUUGACUUUGAUUAUUGCACAAGAACGUGGAUGGACUGUGGAUAUUCAAGCUGUGGAAAAGUUACAAGAGGAUCAAAAGUUAAUGGCUCGUGGCUCAUGGAAAUCAAAUGAUCUCGCAAAUAAAACAUCAUUCACUGAAUGGAAAAAUCGAAACAUACUUCCAACAUUCACAGGUUAUGAUCAUGCAUUAUUCCAUCAAGAAUCAGCCAUUGUGGCAACAGAAACGAUACAAAAAGGUGACAAGGUACAAGUAUACGUUGCAAUUGAUCCAUGUCCAUUUUACGGACUAGGUGGUGGACAAGUGGCUGAUACUGGAAAGGUGACUUUAGCCAAUGGAAAUGAAUGGAAAGUGAUGGAUGUACAACAACCAUAUGAAGGAUGCUUAGCUUUACAACUGGCACCACUACCUACUAUUCAAGACGGUAUCCUAUUAUCUCAACAUCGACAAUAUGAAAUAGAUCAACAAUACCUACAAGUUGGUCAAUUGGUGAACACACAUGUAGAUGUAGAUCGUCGUACUGGAGCGGAAAUUCAUCAUACUGCCACUCAUCUUUUGAAUGCGGGGUUACGUCAAGUCUUACAAUCUGAUAUUGUUCAAGCUGGUUCAUUAGUGGAUCCAAACAAGUUACGGUUCGAUUUUACCUAUGGAAAACCUUUGUCGCAAGAUCAAUUGGAUAAUAUUGAAAACUGGGUGAACGAGAUGAUACUUUUAGGUACACAAACUGAAGUCAAGCAUAUGGCCUUGACAGAAGCAAUUUCAUCAGGUGCUGUUGCCACUUUCUCUGAAAAGUAUAGUGAUCAUGUCCGUGUUAUUGAUGUACCUGGUAUCAGCAAGGAACUUUGUGGUGGAACUCAUGUCGACAACAUUAGAAAACUAUACCCUUUCAAGAUUCUCAAUGAAACUUCUGUCGCUGCAGGUACACGACGAAUUGAAGCCAUCGCAGGAUCAUCAUGUAUUGAUUGGUAUCGACAAACAUAUACACCUAUUCCUCAAGCAAUGAAAUUACUUCGUGCCAACUCUACUCGUGAAAUGCUGGAUAAAUUGGGCAAAACGAUACAACAAUCAAAGGAUCUUGAAAAGCGACUGGAUUCCAUCAUGGAAAAAAUGGCGCAAUUAUCACCAAAAACAUUACCAAUUGAAACAAAAUAUAAAGGUAUUCCAUUGAAGAUACAUCUUGUAGAUGCGGAUCUGGACUCAAGUUUCCUUCAAAAAAGAGCGAAUGUAUUGAAGGAAAUUGAACAAGACACCAUCCAUAUCUUAGUCAAGGAAAAUCUAGUGACAGUAGCUUUGAAUGGAAAAAAGAUCUCAUCCGAAACUGCCAAUUCGGUACUGAAACAUAUGCUGAAAACUGUCAAAGGUGGUGGUGGUGGACAAAAAGAGUUAGCUCAAGGACGCCUGGCAAAGCAACUCAACAAUGAUCAAGAUAUUCUUACUACAUUGGUACCUGCCUUCCAUAGUUAGUUCAUGACUUGUAUUUUUAAUAGACUUUAAUAAAAGAUUUUCUGAUCAACAUUUAUCAUAAUGUAAAUCAAAAGUAGAAACAAA